AUGUCCCUUCAAACUCCCCGCAUCCUCCCCUCCCACCUCCACGCCUUCCACCCCUCCAGCACUAGCUCGAACACCGUCCGCGUACUCGGCACCAUCAGCGCGCUCCACGGGAAUACCGGCACACUCACCUGCGGCAACAAUGGCGAUAUUACGCUGAUCUUGAAGCCCGAUGCGCGCUUGCAGGUCGGGAAGUUGGUUGAGGUUGUGGGGAAGGUUGCUGAUCUAGAGGGUGGACAGGGAUACGGAAUCCGUGUACUGGGCUCGACGGAGUGGGGUGACCCAGCUGAUUGUGAUUAUAAGAUCUAUGAGAACGUUGUCAACGCGACGCAUAAGGUCAAGACUAUCUUCUACGAGUGA